CUUUUGCUAACCUCAUUGGGUAGUUGCAAUUGUUUCAAUAUUGGUUGCAGUGACGGAUUGGCUAGUUAACGUCGUUUCAUUUUUGGUUGCAGAGAAUGAUUUGUCAAGUUGCAAAUUACGCCACCAACGGGAUUCUUAUCUGUCAUUCCAUGUCCCGCCUCCCCCAAAAUCCACGGAGACAUUCUGUGCAGUUAGUUCUCCAUCAUUCUGAAGUASUUGUGAGAAAGAUAGUUGUAAAGUUAACGUUAGCUCUAUUUCAUCGCGGAUUUCGUUACACAGUUGUAUAUUUCGGUGAAUUAAGGAAGAAUGGAUUAUGUUCAUACCCCUGCUUUCCGCUUGGAGCCCUCUGGGGCCCUCACCCUGAGGGCAUCUGAAGAGGCUGCCAGGGUUGCCAGGACCAUCCAGGAGGAGGAGUGUAAAGGUGUAGUCCGGGUGCUGAAGCCAAGACAAGUGAAGGCGAAGGCAAAGGCUUGUGUGGUAGCCAGAGGGGGUAACCCGGAUGAUAGACGACUGGUGGACAGUGAGAGUGCCAUCCAGUUCGGCAAAUACCGGGGUCAAACCUUCAAGUGGCUGCUAAGCCACGAUGUCGGCUAUGCGGUCAUGGUCUUGGCUUCUCACCAGCAAGAGAGGGAGAAUGGGGACACAGACAUGUCUUCUGAAAUGGCCAACAAGGACCGGUUUGACUGGUAUACCAACCUGUUUCCUGAGGUCCAGAAGGCAGUGGAGGAACGCAGGGUACGGGACGGGACCUUGCCCCCCCAACCUGACCAGGAGGACUCGCGCCUCGUUGGCUUUGGGCACCACAAGUCCCUUACCUACAAAGAGCUUUAUGAGGCCAAAGACAAGGAAAGGAAGAGCUACAUGGCCUGGUUUAGGACAUACCAAGUAAAGCCGGGGACCUCAAUGGGCCACUUCAAGGUCUAUGUCCAGCGCAGGGACACAGCAACAGCUGUAGAGCCUCCUAAUCCAUCUGCRGAGCCAUCGGAUCAGGAGUUGCUGUCUAUCUGCACGGGUUUUGACCAAGGUACUCUAUGUUAUAGCACUUUAUUGUUUAUUUCUGUUGAGAAGAAUAUACAUAUGAAAUGACCUUUCCCCAAAUAACUAUCUGUUGUUGUUAGCAUUAACAGGAUACACUUUAAAGUGGUAAGGUAAGUGGUCAAAUUGUUAAAACACCUCCUAGCUGGGCUUAGAAAUCACUGUAGAAUUUCUCAUUUUUGCAUCCAGUUUUUGAUUGCCAUAGAAAAAUCCUUCCUCAUCUUUUGUGGAAUGAAUUGUUUACUGUAGCUUGUCUUGUCACCAUUCCACCUGUAUUUCGGUCUGCAUCACUU